ACUGCUGUUGUAUUCCCCCGUCCCGCGAGUGGUACGGCCCGCGGGGUGGCGGAAGUCUCGCUCUGCCAUGUUGAGCGCUUUGUUUCUGUGAGUGAGACGCGAUGAUGGAGCAGAGCUGGAGCUCUUUCUUAUUCCAGCAGGCUAAUGAAGCCCUUCACCACCAGCACCAGGUGGCCCCAAACAGCCUGCUGCCACUGCUGAACUCUGAGCCACAGGACCAGAAGCCUGUGAUGCCCAUUCCGCUGGACCACAAGCCCCCUGUCAGCGCAGCCGAGCUCCUCAAGGACAAUGUAGCCAGCGGGACGGGGGGAGGAGGGGGUGGGAACGCUGGAGGGGGCGGUCCGAUGCCCGUGGUCAAGAAAGAGCACAAGAGCAAGACGCCAUUCAUCUGCGGCUACUGCAACAAGGCCUUCCGUGACAGCUACCACCUUCGCCGCCAUGAGUCCUGCCACACUGGCAUCAAAAUGGUGUCCAGACCCAAGAAGACUGCGCAGGCGGCGCCCACCAUGGUCCCGCUCAUCUCCACCAUGCCCCGCGAGACCACGGGUGACCCUGCCUACAUCUCAACCGUCGCCGGCAUCUUCUCCACUGCGACCACUUCCACGUCCUCUGCUUCCACUGUCAUGUCCCCGACGUCCAUGUCCAACGUGACCCAGCACAGUGCUCCCAAAAAGCCACCCAAGCCUGUAAAAAAGAACCACGGCUGUGAAAUGUGCGGGAAAGCCUUCCGGGACGUUUACCAUCUGAACCGUCACAAGCUGUCACACUCGGACGAAAAGCCGUUCGAGUGUCCUAUAUGCCAGCAGCGCUUUAAGAGGAAAGAUCGCAUGACGUACCAUGUGCGCUCACACGACGGAGGUGUUCACAAACCCUACGUCUGUUCUGUGUGCGGAAAGGGCUUUUCGAGGCCUGACCAUCUCAGCUGCCACGUAAAGCAUGUUCAUUCCUCAGAGAGACCUUUCAAAUGCCAAGUAACGGCCUGUACAUCAGCCUUUGCCACCAAAGACAGACUUCGGUCGCAUAUGAUUCGGCACGAGGGGAAAGUCACGUGCAACGUGUGCGGAAAGAUGCUGAGCGCUGCCUACAUCACCAGCCACUUAAAAACACACGGCCAGAGCAACUUUAACAACGCCUGUAACAAAGGAGACUGGCAGUGGAACCACUCAGGGCUCCGAAAAGAUAACACUGAAGUCUGCAACUCUGCCUCCACCACGCCAGUCUCGGCCGCAGCACCCAUCACCUCUGCAAUGAACCGUGGCCACACCAGCAACCCCGUUACCAUAGCAGCCCAGAUGAACAUCUCCACCAACACGGUCAAUAUCACAUCUCCCGUCAGCCUGCAGCACCCGGUUACCAUCACCGGCCCUGUGAACAUCGCCUCCGUCAACAUCCCAGCCACAGCGCCCAUGAACAUCGCCCACCCGGUGGCCAUCACAACCCCCAUGCCCAUGAACAUCGGCGGCCCGCUCAACAUCGCCAUGAGACCAAUGGACAGCAUGUCCUUCCUGUCCCAAGUCUUGCCGUCUUCUCCCUGGUAGAACCGGCCCCUGACCAGCCUUUUUUGCCCUGACCUCUGUGCGACUGACACCUGUGUGGCGUGAACAAACCCAUCCUUUGGCUAGGUGGCAACUCUGGUGGAAGAUUUGCACUGGUUGAUUCAACUCUCUCUGGCCUUUGAAUACGUUUGCAUUUUGCGUGCAAGGUGAGCAGCUCGGUAGCGGGGCAUUUCGCAAGCUCCUCUGAGUGCUUCAAAUCCCGACGGACGUUUUUAAGGACAAAUGCAAUAAUUGAUGUGCAUUUCGAACACUUUUUUUUUUUUUUUUUUUUUUUUAAAUAAGCAGAGUGCCGAUGGGUUCUUCAAUGAUGUUGAGGUGUAACCUGCUAAUCAGUAUUUAAGAAAAUUCAUUUGAAAGUGACUGUUGCUUCCAUUGGGAGGGAGGAUUUUUUAAAUAUUUUUUUGUAUUAUUUUGAUUUUGCGCAGGGGUGUGAGUGAGUGCGUACGUACGUGUAGCAACUUUUGAAGAGGUACAAUUUUUGUUUUCUUUAUUAAUAGUGUUCAGCAGGACACUGUUUACGACUUUUUUAGUUUCUCUGAGGGGAGGGCAGCUUCCUUUUCUUAUUGUUUACGUUGCCAUUGUUAGCUUUUGCAUACAAAAGAAAACGUUUGGAGGAAGGAAAGAGAGUCUUGCACUGAAAGCAUAUCCCUAGUCUAAAAAAGGCAGUAUUAUCUAAAUAUAAAUAUCAUGAUAGAAUGGCCCUGUCCAAAAUUGUGCACUUGAUGUGGUCGUUUGUGUGCUUCUGUAAAGUCCAUGAAGACUGUAGGGUGUUCCCCUUUGUCAUUUUAUGGUUGCGAAAGGUGCUCAAGAGCGCCCCCUUUGCACAGUGGUGCGGACUUCCAGGCAUACUGCUUUUUAAAAGUCUGUAGAGCAUUACUUCACCAAAGUGUGUAUUCGGAGGAGGACCAUAUGGGCCGAGUGCGCCAUUUGGGACAGGGUUUAUGAGCUGUAGAUAACCAGCUCAUUCUAAACAGACUCACAUUGAUUCCCUUUAAUUUGGAAUUUUGUUGCCUGAGUUUGUCGUUAAAAGUAUUUUAAAACCUCGUUUUUAGUAUUUUUAUGAUUUUUGCAAGAUCCCUGUUCUUAAAAAUGUUCUGCAAAAGAAAUAGGCUGAAAAUAGGAAAUGAACAUGAAUAAUUCCAGGAAAUUGACUUGGACUUAUUCUGGUUUAUUUUUAAGUAUAGUUCACUUUGAUUUUAUUUUGUUUUUUACUUUAUUUUUUUUGUUGUUUUUAGAAUUUCUUGUUUGUUUUUGUGUCUUUUGUUUUGUAUGUUUUAGUUUUUAUUUUGCUUUUUGUUUGUUUUUAGAUUCUUAUGUUUGAUCUUUUUGUUUAAUGUUUUUGUAUGUUUUAGGUUUUUUUUUUUUUUUUUUUUUUUUUUUUUUUUUUGUUUGUUUUUAGUUUUUUUUUUUUUUUUUUGUAUAUUUUAGGUUUUGUUUUACCUGUUAUUUCCACAGCGGCACUAUCCUGCUCAUUUUAUUUGCUUCCAGUGAUUAAUAUUAAAUCUUCUCCAUUGGUUUGGACUCUGUAGGUUGGUAGUAUUUUGCUGUAGCGCCAUUUAGCAUAAAAGCACGUCUUCAGUCUGAAAUAAUGAAGAAUGUUUACAGACUGCUUCUGGAAAUUUCUACACUGUGGUGGGUGGUUGCAUGCCGAUUUAUUCGGACUAAAGAGUUUAAUAAUUUUGUGUUAAUGAGGACACAAUUAACAGUAUAAGUAGGAAGAGUGAGAUGCCACUCACUACAUGUAUCUGCUGCCAAUGUGAUGGAAAUUUAGGUACAUUAUGACAGCCACUUCCUCUAUAUGCUUCCUGUGGAUGGAGCAGAUGCCAGAGAGAAGAGAUUGCUGUAGUGAAAACACUAAUUAUUCGACUUGUAUGCAAUUUUUUUGUGGGUAGUUUUCCCGCCACAGCCUGUGAUGUGAUGAUCUGGAGUGUCUGAAUGGAUGCCGUCCACCCCAGCACUGAGUCUCAGGAAGGGGAUGCUUUAUCUUGAUCAGACACAAUGAAUCCCUGAUCCGUGUGUGUGUGUGUUUGCGUGCGUGUGUGAGCCGUUUGAUUCUCCCGUCACACUAGAACAAACAAAAGCAUGUUUCCAUAGUUUAGUUUGUGGGAGAGUCAGAAUGAGCGUUUAUGCAUUUCUUUAGCAGAUGCAUUAUAAUUGCCUCUUUUAUUUGCCAAAUUCAAACCAAUUAUGAAAUCCAAUGAAGUGAAGAUUUUUGAAUUGAGUCUAAUGUUGUUUUGAUUCAGUUGAUGAACUGGAUGAUUUUUGGAGCCCCUGUGAAAGCGGUUGAAUGUAUAUGUUUGUACAGUGUUUAGCUCGGAGGAUCUUAGAGUACAGAUAGACAUGUGAGCGAAGAAAAGCAAAAUAACCUUUUAUAAAACUUUUGUAUUAGUACAUUAACAAUGGUAAUUUUGUAUAUAUGAAGACUAGGCUUUCUGAGUAGCAGAAAGAAAAACAUUCCUACAUUUUUUUUAAAUGUAAGUUUGUCAGAAAUAAUUAUGUAAACAUGCGCAAUGUUUUAUGUGCCUUUUAUUUGGGUUGUCUAAAUAAAAAAAUGUAAAACAUGA